AUGCAAGAAAGAUCAACAGAAUCUAAUAAUAUUAAUGAAUUAGAUCUUGAUCCUAAUAAUAAUUCUUCAAGUCGUCGUCUCUAUUUUCUUAGUUCAUGGUUAGAUAAAUUUGAAAGAAAUAAACUUGAAUUUUAUUCUGUCAUAUUUGGUAUAUUCGGUAUUAGUUUAAUUGCUCUUGGUCUAUGCAUUUUCAUUAUAAUCUAUACAGCAUACGAACAUCAUUUAAUAAAUAAAAUUGAUUGUUCGAUUAUAAAUGUAACACAUACACAUGUAAAAUUAUGUGCAUCACGUCGAUGUAGAAUUUUUAAUUAUUGUAUUCCUUAUGUAUGUACAAUUGUUUUUGUACGCUAUCGUUAUAAUAAUUUUUCAUAUGAAUCGAAACUUUUCCCAUAUAAUAUUAAUUUAAAUUCAUCAUGUUCUUAUGAACCGUCAUCAUGUGUAUCUCGUUCACGUAUUCAAAAUGAACAAAUAACAUUUCUAAAGACAAUUAUUUUUAAUCAUUCAAAAAUAAAUCAAUGUUGUCUUCAUUCAUUAACUCAACAACCUAUAAUUUGUUAUAAUUAUCUUAAUUCUAUAAAACAUUCUAUUAGUAUUAUAUCCAUUAUUAUGUUUUUUUUAAUUGGUUUUAUUUUUAUUUUUAUUGGAAUAAUAACACACUUACAUCUUAAUAAUUAUUUAAAAUCUUCUCAUAAACAUGAAGAAGAUUUUCUUGAUACAAUAUUAAAUUUUCAUUUUAGCAAUGGUACAAUAGGAUCUGUUAUUGAGAAAACAACACCAGUUAAUUAUGAUAUAUUAACACAAACAAUAAGUCAUCAUAAUACACCAUCAACAACAAAAAUUUAUCCAAAUGACGAUUUACUUUUGUUUGAUAUUGAUGAGGAAAAUAAGAUUUUUCAAAAAGAACGUUUACAUUUAAGUCAUCAAGAAAAAAUACAAAAUGAAAUUAUUCGACAAUAUCAAUUAGGUAAUGAUGAAAUCAAAACUAUAUUAAAGACAAUUGAAUAUGAUUUUCAACAACAAAAUCACUUAGAUUUACCGAAAAAUUCCAUUGAAAAAAUUAAAUAUCUACUAGAAAACAUCGAUAACCUUGAUCUUUAUUUCCCAACAAUACAUAAACAAUUAUCAAUGGAUCAGAUAUCAGAUUAUAUCUGUCUCGAUCAACAUUCUUCACCUAUUUCGGUUUCACAUCCACAUGUUCAUUUUCGAAUGAAAUAA